CUAGACGCUGUCCCGCCCACUUUCGCCUCCCCCUUUCUCGCCGUACGAACUACGACUCCCAGCAGCCCCCGCGUUGCUUCCCAUCAUGGCGGCGGGCAAGAAAACGCGUGUGAAAGAACAAACGCCGGAGGGGGCUCCGUGUCCGCCCGGGUACCGAGCCAUCCCCAUCAAGUUCUCCCAGGAGCAGGAGGCCUCCCAUUUCCUCUACGUCAAGGAGCACCGAGUCCGGGGGGGCACCGAGUCCUGCUGGCCCUCGGAGCGCACCCUCUUUGUGCUCAACGUCCCCCCGUACUGCUCGGAGGGGUGCCUGGCCCAGCUCUUCUCCUCCUGUGGCCCUAUCCAGUCUGUGAAUCUGCACGACAAACCAGACCUCUCUGAGACGCCAAAGACGUCUGCAUCGGCGUUUUUCUGUUCAAAGUCUGUUCCGGGGUUCCAAGUGGCUUAUGUGGUAUUCGUGAAGCCGGCCUCAGUGUUGAAGGCUGUGGCUCUUCAGGGACCUCUGAUCAUCUCAACCGAGAGGCACCCAGUGAAGACUGGCAUUGAGAAGUGGAUAGCAGACUACACAGACUCUUUGGUGGACCCGGAGGCCCUCCGAGUGGAGGUGGACAAAUUCAUGGAGGAAUAUGACAAGAAAAUAGCCAUGGAGGAUGCCAAGGCCGAGGCGGAGGAGGGGGUCCCCGACGAGGAGGGCUGGGUGAAGGUGACCCGCAAAGGCCGGCGGCCCGGCCUGCCCCGCUCCGAGGCCGCCAGCCUGCGAGUGCUGGAGAAGGAGAAGCGCAAGAAGGCACGCAAGGAGCUGCUCAACUUCUACGCCUGGCAGCACCGUGAGACCAAGAUGGAGCACUUGGCCCAGCUGCGGAAGAAGUUUGAGGAGGACAAACAGCGAAUUGCCUUGAUGCGGGCCCAGCGCAAGUUCCGCCCGUACUGAGUCGGGGUGGCCGGUCCCCACAGAGGAGAGGGGCCUGCUGCCGGUCUCCCGGCCUGGCCUUCGGAUCUGGAAGGACUCCGGCCGGCGCAGAGGGAGAGGAGAGAGCAGAGCGCUCUGGGGGCGCCCCAAGACUGCGGCCAUUGUUCAGAGGAUGCGAAUAAAGGACAGACUGCCACUCCCCA